AUGAAAUUUGGAGGAUCAAAAUGUAUUAUAAAUAUGGAUGUUACUUUUGAUGAGACCCGUAUAGAGAAUAAGUACAAAUGUCUUGAAGUGAAAGACUCUGAAACUAUGGUGGAGAAUACACGCUUUGAGAUGGAGGUUCCUACUAGAGGGAUUGGAGAUGUGAGAAAAAAUCUAGAAAACAUAUCAUGCCUCUCGUUUUACAUGGCACUAUCUGAUACAAGGCAAAGAAGCAUGCCAACUUUGGAAGAUCGAGAAACAAGUCAAACCUUAGCUUAUCCUAAAAUUGUUCUAUUAACCAAACCUAUUAAUCACCCAUUUAUAGGAGAAUGGAUGAUAAAUAUCAAUACUCAUGAAAGACUUAAGAAAUUCCCACCAAUUAAUGAGUUUGGUAACGGUGGGCCUAUUAAAAAAGAUCUUACUUCUCAUGAUGGACUCAUCACUCUUUUGAUGUUUGUGAGCACACACUAUGCUGGAAAAGAAGUGACAAUGGCGUUUGAAGAAGGUGAAACUUAUAAAAAGGUUUUUGGUCCCGUUUUUGUUUAUCUUAACACAGAUUCAACUCAGAAUCAUAUGUCAACCCUUUGGUCAGAUGCUAAGCAACAGUUAUCCAAACAAAUUCAAAUUCAAGAUAGGCACUUCAAAGGAGGGAGAUUUCAAUAUACUAAUGCUUAUGUUGGUCUAGCUUUGCCUGGAGAUGCAGGAUCAUGGCAGAGAGAAAGCAAGGGUUAUCAAUUUUGGACUCGAGCUAACGUGAAGGGAUACUUCAAAAUAACUAAUAUUGUGCCAGGUGACUAUAAUUUGUAUGGUUGGGUCCCCGGAUUCAUCGGCGAUUAUAAAUAUAAUGCUACAAUCACCAUCGCCCCAGGAGGAGCCAUAAACUUAGAUUCACUUGUGUAUAGUCCUCCAAGACAUGGACCAACGAUUUGGAAAAUCGGAAUCCCAGAUCGAUUGGCUUCGGAAUUUCAUGUGCCAAACCCUUACCCUACUCUCAUGAACAAAUUACACACCAAACAACACAAAGACAAGUCUAAGUCUAUCAAUAAAGGAAUCGCAAUUAAAUGUGUCAUUGCUGUGGGUUUAUUUUUAGCUUUGAGCUUGAGCAGAGGGAAUUCUAAACUCCUCUGA